UGCUGUGCAUCUUCUCGGGCCCGGUAGAGUUCGGUUGAGCGGGUGCUGGAUGGUGGGGGAGUACCACUGAUGAGAGAGAGCGGGCCGGAGAAGGGACUGUUUUAGCACGCUUUGGGGGACUAUUGCUAUUAUCUGCUGGACACUGAUAAACACUUGGGUCGGGUUUCUUCGUCUACUGCGGGAGGUGGCCAAGAGUGCUCUGCUUCUGGUUUCCAGCAGCAAUGACACAGAGGAGUGGACAGGAGGACCCAGAGCGGUACCUCUUUGUGGACCGCGCUGUGGUAUACAACCCGGCAGCACAGGCUGACUGGACUGCCAAAAGGUUGGUAUGGAUUCCAUCAGAACGCCACGGCUUCGAGGCUGCCAGUAUUCAACAGGAGCGUGGAGAUGAGGUGGUGGUGGAGCUAGCAGAAAAUGGGAAGAAGGCGGUGAUCAACAAGGAUGACAUCCAGAAGAUGAACCCGCCCAAGUUCACCAAGGUGGAGGACAUGGCUGAACUGACCUGCUUGAACGAGGCAUCCGUGCUUCACAACCUCAAAGACCGCUACUACUCCGGCCUUAUUUAUACGUACUCUGGUCUCUUCUGCGUGGUCAUAAAUCCCUACAAAAACCUGCCCAUCUACUCCGAAAACAUCAUUGAGAUGUACAGGGGCAAAAAGAGGCACGAAAUGCCCCCUCACAUAUACGCCAUCUCAGAGUCUGCAUACAGAUGCAUGCUCCAAGAUCGAGAGGACCAGUCCAUUCUCUGCACAGGUGAGUCGGGAGCCGGUAAGACAGAAAACACAAAAAAGGUCAUUCAGUACCUGGCACAUGUUGCCUCCUCGCACAAAGGAAGAAAAGAUCACAACAUUCCCCCAGAAUCACCUAAACCAGUGAAACUACAGGCACAAAAUGCAGUUAGUGGACCCCUGUUUUAUGGUGAACUGGAACGGCAGCUUUUACAAGCCAAUCCCAUCCUUGAAUCUUUUGGGAAUGCAAAGACUGUGAAAAAUGACAACUCCUCACGUUUUGGGAAAUUCAUCCGGAUCAACUUUGAUGUCACUGGAUACAUCGUUGGGGCCAACAUUGAAACCUACUUACUGGAAAAAUCCAGAGCUAUUCGUCAAGCCAAAGAUGAGCGUACCUUCCACAUUUUUUAUCAGCUGCUGGCUGGAGCCGGGGAGCACCUCAAAUCGGACCUGCUUUUGGAAGGAUUCAACAACUACCGCUUCCUGUCCAAUGGUAACAUCCCAAUCCCGGGCCAGCAGGACAAAGACAACUUCCAUGAGACCAUGGAGGCCAUGCACAUCAUGAGUUUCGGCCAUGAGGAGAUUCUGGCCAUGUUGAAAGUGGUGUCCUCAGUCCUUCAGUUUGGCAACAUCAUCUUUAAGAAGGAGAGGAACAGUGACCAAGCUUCUAUGCCUGAUAAUACCGCUGCUCAGAAGCUCUGCCAUCUGCUGGGGAUGAAUGUAAUGGAGUUUACCAGAGCCAUCCUGACUCCCAGGAUCAAAGUGGGGAGAGACUACGUCCAAAAAGCUCAGACUAAAGAGCAGGCGGACUUUGCUGUCGAGGCCCUGGCUAAAGCUACGUAUGAGCGUCUGUUCCGCUGGCUUGUCCAUCGCAUUAAUAAAGCCCUGGACCGAACCAAACGGCAGGGUGCCUCCUUCAUCGGUAUCCUGGACAUUGCUGGUUUUGAGAUCUUCCAGCUGAACUCGUUUGAGCAGCUCUGCAUCAACUACACCAACGAGAAGCUGCAGCAGCUCUUCAACCACACCAUGUUCAUCCUGGAGCAGGAGGAGUACCAGAGGGAGGGGAUCGAGUGGAGCUUCAUCGACUUCGGCCUCGACCUGCAGCCCUGCAUCGACCUCAUCGAGAGGCCGGCGAACCCUCCAGGCGUGUUGGCUCUGCUGGAUGAGGAGUGCUGGUUCCCUAAAGCCACAGACAAGACAUUUGUAGACAAGCUGAUCCAGGAGCAGGGCACGCACACCAAGUUUCAGAAGCCCCGGCAGCUCAAAGAUAAGGCCGACUUCUGCAUCAUCCACUACGCCGGCAGGGUGGACUACAAGGCAGAUGAGUGGCUAAUGAAGAACAUGGACCCUCUGAAUGACAACGUGGCGACACUUCUCCAUCAGUCAACUGACAAGUUUGUUGCUGAACUGUGGAAGGAUGUCGACCGCAUCGUGGGCCUGGACCAGGUGGCAGGAAUGAACGAGACGGCGUUUGGUGCCACCUACAAAACGAAAAAGGGCAUGUUUCGUACAGUGGGACAGCUCUACAAAGAGUCACUCACUAAGCUUAUGGCCACACUGAGGAACACCAACCCCAACUUUGUCCGCUGCAUCAUCCCCAACCACGAAAAAAGAGCUGGUAAACUUGAGCCUCACCUGGUUCUGGACCAGCUCAGGUGUAACGGAGUCUUGGAGGGGAUUCGUAUCUGCAGACAGGGCUUCCCCAACCGCAUCGUCUUCCAGGAGUUUAGACAGCGAUAUGAAAUCCUUACACCCAACGCUAUCCCCAAGGGUUUCAUGGAUGGGAAACAAGCCUGUGAGAGAAUGAUCCAAGCCCUGGAGCUGGACCCCAACCUGUUCCGGAUUGGUCAGAGUAAGAUCUUCUUCAGAACUGGUGUUCUGGCUCAUCUGGAGGAGGAGCGAGACCUGAAGAUCACUGACAUCAUCAUCUACUUCCAGUCCGUGUGCCGUGGAUACUUGGCCCGCAAAGCUUUCGCUAAGAAGCAGCAGCAGCUGAGUGCCCUGAAGGUCCUGCAGAGGAACUGUGCUGCUUAUUUGAAGCUGCGACACUGGCAGUGGUGGAGACUCUUCACCAAGGUGAAGCCACUGCUGCAGGUCACCAGGCAGGAGGAGGAGCUGCAAGCCAAAGACGAGGAGCUGGUAAAAGUGAAGGAGAGGCAACUUAAGGUGGAAAACGAGCUGGUGGAGAUGGAGAGGAAACACCAGCAGCUCCUCGAGGAGAAGAAUAUUUUAGCAGAGCAGCUCCACGCGGAGACGGAGCUGUUCGCCGAGGCUGAAGAGAUGAGAGUUCGUCUCCUCUCCAGGAAGCAAGAGCUGGAGGAGAUCCUUCACGACCUGGAGUCCAGGGUGGAGGAGGAGGAGGAGAGGAACCAGAGCCUGCAGAAUGAGAAGAAGAAGAUGCAGUCGCACAUCCAGGACCUGGAGGAGCAGCUGGAUGAGGAGGAAGCUGCAAGACAAAAACUGCAGCUGGACAAAGUGACCGCUGAGUCGAAGAUCAAGAAAAUGGAGGAGGACAUUUUGCUCCUGGAGGACCAAAACUCCAAGUUUCUCAAGGAGAAGAAGCUGCUGGAGGACAGGAUCGCCGAGAUGACCUCCCAACUGACUGAGGAGGAGGAAAAAGCAAAGAAUCUCGGCAAGGUCAAGAACAAGCAGGAGAUGAUGAUGGUUGACCUGGAGGAGCGUUUAAAGAAAGAGGAGAAAACACGUCAGGAGCUGGAGAAAGCCAAACGCAAGCUGGACGCCGAGACGACCGACCUGCAGGACCAGAUUGCGGAGCUUCAGGCACAGAUAGAGGAGCUGAAGAUCCAGCUGGCCAAAAAGGAGGAGGAGCUGCAGGCUGCUCUGGCCAGGUGUGAUGAGGAGUCUGUGCAAAAGAACAAUGCUUUGAAGCAGAUUCGGGAGCUGCAGGCGCAAAUAGCUGAGCUUCAGGAGGAUCUGGAGUCUGAGAAGAUGUGUCGAAGUAAAGCUGAGAAACUCAAGAGAGACCUGAGUGAGGAGCUGGAAGCUCUGAAGACUGAGCUGGAGGACACGCUGGAUACCACGGCCGCCCAGCAGGAACUCAGGAGCAAGCGAGAGCAGGAGGUGGCAGAGCUGAAGAAGGCCAUUGACGAGGAGACCAAAAACCACGAGGCUCAGAUCCAGGACAUGAGACAGAGGCACGCCACAGCGCUCGAGGAACUGUCCGAACAGCUGGAGCAGGCCAAGAGGUUUAAAGCCAACCUGGAGAAGAACAAGCAGUGUCUGGAGAAUGACAACAAAGAGCUGGUCUGUGAAGUGAAAGCUCUGCAGCAGGCAAAGACUGAGUCGGAGCACAAGAGGAAGAAGCUGGAGGCUCAGCUGCAGGAGUCAUUGACCAGGGCCACAGAGGUGGAGAGAGCCAAGGGAGAGCUGGCCGAGCGCUCCCACAAACUCCAGACGGAGCUGGACAACGUGUCUACUUUGCUGGAGGAGGCAGAGAAGAAGGGCGUUAAACUGGCUAAAGAAGUUGAAAACCUGAACAGCAAACUGCAAGACUCUGAGGAGUUGCGGCAGGAGGAGACGCGUCAGAAGCUGAACCUGAGCGGCCAAAUCCGCCAGCUGGAGGCGGAUAAGAACAACUUGCUGGAGCAGCAGGAAGAGGACGAGGAGGCACGACGCAGCCUUGAGAAACAGCUGCAGACCGUGCAGGCUCAGCUGUUUGAGACAAAGAAGAAGUUGGAGGAGGAUGUGGGAGCAAUGGAGGGUCUGGAGGAGGUGAAGAGGAAACUCCAGAAGGACAUGGAGCUCACCAACCAACGUCUGGAGGAGAAGACAAUUUCUUUGGACAAGAUGGAGAAGACUAAAAACCGCCUGCAGCAGGAGCUGGAUGACCAGAUGGUGGAACUGGACCUCCAGAGACAGAUCGUGUCCAACCUGGAAAAGAAGCAAAAGAAGUUUGACCAGAUGUUGGCUGAGGAGAAGACCAUCUCUGCUCGUUACGCUGAGGAGCGUGAUCGCGCUGAGGCCGAGGCCAGAGAGAAGGAGACCAAGGCUCUGUCGAUGGCCAGAGCUCUGGAGGAGGCCUUGGAGGCCAAAGAGGAACUCGAGCGGUUUAACAAACAACUCCGUGCUGAAAUGGAGGACCUGAUGAGCUCCAAGGAUGAUGUGGGGAAGAAUGUCCAUGAGCUGGAGAAGUCCAAGCGUACGUUGGAGCAGCAGGUGGAGGAGAUGAGAACACAGCUGGAGGAGCUGGAGGAUGAGCUGCAGGCCACAGAAGAUGCCAAACUCCGCCUGGAAGUCAACAUGCAAGCCAUGAAGGCUCAGUUUGACCGAGACCUGCAGGCCAGAGACGAGCAGGGCGAGGAGAAGAAAAGAGCGCUGGUCAAACAGGUACGUGAGAUGGAGGCAGAGCUGGAGGACGAGAGGAAGCAGAGAUCUGUGGCUGUGGCAGCCAAGAAGAAGCUGGAGAUGGACCUGAACGAGCUGGAGGGUCAGAUCGAAGCUGCCAACAAAGGCAGGGACGAGGCCAUCAAACAGCUCCGGAAACUACAGGCUCAGAUGAAAGACUACCAGAGGGAGCUGGAGGAGGCCCGAGCCUCCCGGGAUGAGAUCUUCGCCCAGUCCAAGGAGAACGAGAAGAAACUCAAGAGCCUGGAAGCUGAAAUCUUGCAGCUUCAGGAGGACCACGCAGCUUCAGAGAGGGCCCGUCGACACGCUGAACAGGAGAGGGAUGAGCUGGCUGACGAGAUCUCCAGCAGUGCUUCUGGAAAGUCGUCACUGCUGGAGGAGAAGCGGAGGCUGGAGGCUCGCAUCGCCCAGCUGGAGGAGGAGCUGGAGGAGGAACAGGGCAACAUGGAGCUGCUCAACGACCGCUUCAGAAAGGCCAACCUGCAGGUCGACACCCUGAAUACCGAAUUGGCCGCAGAGCGCAACACUGCGCAGAAGAGCGAGAACGCCCGCCAGCAGCUGGAGCGACAAAACAAGGAGCUGAAGGCCAAGCUGGCAGAGCUGGAGGGGGCUGUCAAGUCAAAGUUUAAGGCGUCCAUCACUGCUCUGGAGGCCAAAAUCCUGCAGCUGGAAGAGCAGCUGGAGCAGGAAGCCAAGGAGAGAGCAGCGGCCAACAAAAUCGUCCGACGUACAGAGAAGAAACUGAAGGAGGUGAUGAUGCAGGUGGAGGAUGAGCGUCGUCAUGCCGACCAGUACAAGGAGCAGAUGGAGAAGGCGAACUCUCGCAUGAAGCAGCUGAAGCGUCAAUUGGAGGAGGCGGAGGAGGAGGCCACUAGAGCAAAUGCCGCUCGCAGGAAGCUGCAGAGGGAGCUGGACGAUGCCACCGAGGCCAGUGAGGGUCUCACCCGAGAGGUCACCUCGCUGAAGAACCGCCUCAGGCGUGGCGGUCCAGUCAGCAGCUUCUCCUCCGGCCGCUCAGGCCGGCGCAACCUCAACUUGGACGGCGCCUCCGUCGAUAUGUCAGACGACGACGCAGACAGCCGCUCCGGCGACUUUAACGAGACGCCAAACACCAACGCCGAGUAACCGCAGCAGCGACCGUCUCUUUCCUCACCCCACCCUUUUCCCCAACUGUGUCUCGCCCACCCCCAAAGUCCACAUGGACUCAUCUCAAACCACUCAGAAGAUCAGAGCGAUGAGAUGUUUCUAUUCAAGCUGGGCGGAGCGUGCCUGGCAGCCUUUUUUUUUUUUUUUUUCCAUCCGUCACCUCUGCAGGGAAAAUCCACCGCCCUCCUCAAGGAACGCCUCCGAUCCGGAGUGCCACGGGACAAACGGACACUUCUGCCUUACUCUGUUCUCCUCUGACAAGCUGCUAGUCCUGGCUCGUCCGUCAGCAUCAUCUCAGCGUAAUAACCCUUACACCUGCCCCGUCCCGCCCGGCCCAUCAGAAAUCAUCUGCUCUGCUUUUUAGGUACAAAGUGCUUUUUAUACAAACGAAACUCUACAUGUAGGUGAAGGUUGUGAGGUGUGCACACGUCACGUCCGUCAUGUGAUCGCGGCUCAUACUGGAAUGCAGGACUACAAGGAAAAGUGUCUGACUAUGGUGUUGUAAGUGUUCUGCUCACUCGUCAUGGAAAAGCCAUCUCUCACCUCACACGCUCCCUCCAUCCAGUGUUGAAUGACUAAAACCCCACACAAACCAAGGUCACUGUGGCCUCCGGACGGCAGCGCCGGCUGCUUUUGUUGCAUGAGUCUCCUUCUGACGAUGUUUCUUGUUCGGCUUUUACACUGCAGCACUUACGGGAACAACUAACAUCUCGGGACAUGCAAUAGAAAAACACAGACUCUGAAGUGAAAGUAUAUUACUGUGAAAACAAAACAAACAAAAAAAAAGAGGUAUUAUAUUUUCUCUGUGGCUUCAUCUCAACAUGUAAUAAAAGAAUGUCUCGCUGGGUUUUAACUGGUUAUCUGAAGCUAACGACCUGUCCUGUGGAUUGGCCUGAGCCGCGAAUGAUGCACCGAUGCUGGAACGUGCACAGAACUGCACAGAGAAUUCAAACUUAAAGCCAACAAUGAGGAAAGAAGCUCAAACCGGAAGCACUAAAGCUGCACUCAGUACGACACUAAAUGGUUGUAAACACGUGCUCCGAUUAGAAGUGAAGAUUAAAACUAGUCACCUUAUCACCACAUUUACAGUGUUUGUGCUUAGCCUUGCUUUGUAUUACCUUUAAAUUGACUUUAUGCUAUGAUUUGGUAAAACAUAUACUGUAAAUAAAACUACAAAUUCAAGACUACAGACUUCAACAUUCAGCAAGCAUCAGCUUUUCUCCGAUCUUUAAGAAGCAAAGGUGUGAUUUAACAACACUCGACUGCUGUUACCGUAACAUUUUUAAGCCAGCACAGACAAACAGUCUCAAGUGCCUGAGACAGAUGUUCGAGGAGAGAGCUCAUUACUGUCAUGUUCUGAAGAUCACAGAGGCCAUCUGAGAAUCUAAUACAGGCCAAACGUGGGCAAAAGUCCCAUAAAGAUGGCAGCAGGAAGCUCAUUUGACAUGUAACCCUGAGUAUUAAUGUCACCUAUAUUAAAUAUGUUAAUGAAACAGGCAUUACAGGCUGUUUUCAGCUCAAGACAAGUUUAAAAAUGAUCUAAAGUGUAGAUGCAGUUGGAAAAAGAUUCUGACUGUAGUCUACACUCCUCUCUGUAUUGCAAUGGUUAAGUUGCAUUGUGGGUAAUGUAGGCACCAUGAGGAGUAGUGGUGGUUUUAUUUCAUCAGUUUGGGUACAUUUAUUUUAAAGACAUCGGUCGAGUUCCCCUUAAAUACUUCUCGUCUGUGCUGGCUCCCAAUUUCAAAUAAAAACAGAUCUCGAAAGUUUAAGGAAAAUAUUUUUCUUUCUUCAGCAAAAUGAUUAACAGAGUGUGCUGAACAACCCUCAGAACAGCAGUAAAACACAAAUCAGCAAAUACAAACUAUAUUUUGCGACUUUAAUCCCAAAUCUUCAGACCACUGACUGAUCUAAACAAGCACUCAUUCUUCGUUCAUUACAGGUUGUCUGAAUUCAAAGGUUUUUUUUUUUUUAACUUAGCUCUGCUUUAUCUCCAGCAGCCUCCACAGUGUGAAAACAACACACCAGGGCUCCCAUAUCCACCACCUGUGCCCAUCAAUGGCAGACUCCUGUGCCCCCCUCCCUCCUCAAACGUUAACACUAAACAGUAUGUUUCUUUAAAAGUGCCUUAGACACUAAAUAAGAACAUAAGCGGGCAAAGAUUCCUCAGAGGUAACAGGUACAUCAAGAAGAUACUCAACACUUCAUUUUGCUUUCUUUUCUUUCAUAUUGUCGCCGUGCUUCCUAUCAUCAUAUCCACCGUGUACCUCUGCGUUUGUAAUAUCCUCCUAGCUAGAGCGUGUGGGUCAGAAUCAGUAUUACAGUAUUAUGAUUAAACUAACGUGAGAAGCGGAGCCCUCUGCGGCCUCAUUUCCCCACGUUACUCUCAUGCUAAGCUCGUUUCUCCCCCUCAGGCGAAGGCUUAGCACAUUACUGUGGGAACUGAUGCGCUGCACAGGAUGCAGUUUGGUUGGAAGCUUUAACAUUCACCAAGUAGUUAACUCUGUUUUCUUUUAUUAUCAUUAUUAUUAUUAUUAUUACCCAGCUGGCUGUUGACAACCAGGCGUUCAACUGCAAAUACUCUCAUUGUUAUUUCUUGUAUACCUGUAUUUCUAGACGGUGAUUUUUUUCUGUUUUUGUAAAAGGAAAAUAAAGCAUAUUCAUUGUAACUGUUA